AUGGCUGCAAGAGUGUCAGGAAACUACAAUGUGCCUUACGACCCGAGGGAGUGGGUGGGAGGGAGUCGACGGACGUCGUUCGGGUCAGAAACUCGAAACCCAGGUUCUCAAGCAGAAGAAGGGCAUUCCCAUCCACCUCCGCCAUACUCUGCUGCUGCUGCUGCCGCGGCGACAGGCGUUGCUGCUCGUGAGGCAACCAGUGCUGGAACGACUAUAUCACCGGCAGACUCUACGUUCACCGCUCCUGGUAAUCAAUCCCAGAUAAACACUCCAACCAGUACUGUAGGAGUGUUGUCACCACUUAACCAAGGAUCCCAUUCUCUAGGUGAUAGGGGUGACAGCGGCCAGACCACGACCGACACGAACGGACCACAGUACUUCAGUCCCUCGGGGCGACCCGGUGGUUUCGACCACCUCUCCAGUCGCUUUAGUAUGCCCUCGCAGCAAAAUGGGUCACAGUCGAACUCUGGCUUGGGGCCGUCGAGACAUCCUUUGGGGACUGCCUUGUCGAUCAACACGGUGGCUGCGCAACAGAGCCUGCCUCUUGGGCAGCUCCCAGCUGCACCAGCAUCGAGGAGAGCUGCUUCCGCGGACGCUUAUUCUUCUCAACCGCCGCCCAUUCAGAAUCCAGAGGGAUCAUCGUCAAGGUCAUCUUCUAAACAGAGAAGUUGGUUUCCAGGGAUGCCUUUGCCUGGCCCGCCUCCAGGGCCACCCCCUUCGGCCUCGAGGUCUCAGAGCGCAGGUGGAGCUCGGACUCUCGCUCAACCACAGGCGGCUGGACCCAGCAAUCGAUCAAGUCACCGUGCUCCAUUACGUGCACCUCUUCUCAGCCCAAUGCCUCCUACGCCUGCAAAUUGGAGGGAUGAGUCCACUCAUCGAUCCAGCUCCAGGGCGCCGAUGCCGUUACAUAUUGAGACCACGAACCUCGAUCGACCGGGCUCGACACCCGCAGGUUUGUCGAGAAGCGCUGCUGUCCGUGUCUCGUCCGCAAAGGGUCUGCUGGAACGUCGGAAGCAACGUCGGAGUCUUCAUGAGGGUCAAUUGGCGGAUCUCAGCGCCUUGACCAUCGACACUGACCCUUGGUUCAACAACUUGAGCCCCGCCGGCAUCAGCCCUGAGAACUCACCCAUGUUGGGGCCGUUGGCACCAGAACGGGUCAACCCCGAAACUGCUCGAAGGGGUUUGCGAACCAGCAGCAGAACCAGGGCCCGAUUCCGGUCUGGAGAUUCUGACUAUCAACCCCUUGAUUCACCGUUUCCUCCGUCUCUGUCGCGGAGGAGUAGCCGAACAUCACUCGUGCCUCCGAAGUCGCUGCCCACGCCGCCACUGAGUCAAAAGAACCCCACUUCUGCGCACAGCAUCCUCCCUUCUACGGCAUCUUCGGUGGCUGAACUCGCCCAUGUCGACUAUGAUCCCUUCAUGCAAGAAGCUUCGCGGCGGCAUCAGGAAUUCCUCGUAAAAGAGAGCCAAGCAAAUACCGAGCUAGAGAGAUUGCAACUUUUCAUGGGGUACAUUGUCGAGGAGUCGAAGGUCCGGCGGCAGCAUUAUCCAACUCCAUUCGCUGAUGGGACCUUUAACCCUGAGGAAGCGAAACAACGGCUUUUCAGUGACCCCGGGACGACUGGCCGCGUUGAGGUGCGAGCUACGACACCCGCCAGAAUGCGAUCACCUAUGCACGGGAUGCGGGCCGAUCCGGCUCAACAUGGCGACAUGUGGCUAAAGGAGUACCGCCCAGAACUCUCACCGAUUGCCAGUAUGAGUAACGAUGAAGUCAGUUCUCGUGGUCGUACGGCUAGCCGAUGGUGGCAGUCACAAACUGGCUCGGAAACUGAUCAUAUGCCGAAUAAGAUGAAAAGGUCGAAACGGGAGUCCAAAUAUAUGGGCCUUUCCGCCAUCUCCAUGCAGGAAGUGUUGUCCGAGGCUGCUACACCGACCAAUAUCAAUGAAGUAUUCAGCUCGCCAGAAGGCUACGCUGAUGAGAAGGUCAACCCACAGGCAUUUGGCGUCUACGAGGAUGCCGAGCCUCUCCCGGCGCAGGAGAACAUCCUACCAAAUCCAUCGCCCUCUCCAGCGGGGCUCGAUUUCUCACGGUUUAUUACUCUGCCUCCACCAUAUCCGCGACACUACCCUGCGGUCAACAACAGUCAUCCGAAGUUGUCAACGUAUCGCAAGCUCGUCCGGACACUUGGUGACUUGAGUGAGCUACAGAAUAGGAGAUCGCGACAUGACUUGAGCGUUGAGGCUCUUCGGACCGAACAUAAGCGCAAGGUUGCUGAGGGACAGAAGAACUUUAGGACUAAUAUCUCAGCGCAGAUCAAUGAGGGCAGUAUCACGUAUGCCGAAGCUGCCGAAGCCGAGCAGGCACUCAAGAUGGAGGAGAAUACUUCGGAGAAAGCCUGCCUGCAAGCGGAGUUUGAUACGUUGCAGGAUGUGGUAAUCAACCCGAUGCAUGAAAUGCUUCAUGAUCGUGCGACGCAACUCAGUGCCCACAUGACAGCAUUGACAGAGCAGCUGGUGGCAGACAUGCAGGCCUCGGACCUCGAUCGACCACAGCAGGAGGGGGAUGCCAUGCCUGAAAUAUUGGAAUAUCUGACCCAGUUGAAGUGGUUGUUUGAAACACGGGAAACUGUCCAUAAGGAAAUCUUCGACCUCCUUACCGCGCGGAACGAAAAAUACAAAGCCAUUGUGCUUCUGCCAUAUCACCAGGUCAGCAACUUUGAGAAGAUUCGCGACACGGAGGAUUUCUUCAACCGCGACAGUCUCGAGCGACACAAAGCAUUUUACGAAGAGGCACUGGUACGUCAUCAGAAUUUUGUCGAUCUCGUUGCAGAACAUGUUCGAGACGAAGUCCAACUGCAAUCGUCCGCAUUCUGGGAUAUCGCGCCUGGACUGCUGGAUCUGAUCAAUAAGAUUCCCGAUGACUUGUAUCGGAUCGGUGCCAUUGUGAUCCCCGAUGCUGAAUAUGCAGAGAACCCCGAAUACCAUCAGUUCCCGCAACAGUAUCUUUUCACUUUGCUUGAUCACGCGGAGAAAUCGACGUACCAGUUCAUUGAAUCCCAAAGCAACCUCAACUGUUUGCUCCAUGAAGUCAAUAUCGGGUUGAUUACAGCAAAAAGUCGAGUCGCUGAAGCCAGGCGGGCUCGCGCCGAACUGGAUGGUCCUGUAUCGGGAGAGGAUCCGAGGAAAGUUCGAGACGAACAAGAGAAGACGGCUACCGCAGAAUUGAAGCAGCAAGUGGCAAUGAUUGAGGAACAAUGGCUCGAAGCGCUGGGGAGUGCCCUGCAAGGGAGGAAAGCACAGGUGAAGAUGUUUUUGGAAAGCGUUGGUGGAUGGGAUGAAUCUCUACAAGCCGCUGAAUAA